AUGAGGAUCCUGAUUCUUUAAUAUCUUUAGACUUCGCUCUCUUGAUAGGAACAAUUAUCCCAUGUCCAUGAAGAUAUUACAUAUACGAUAUGGCCGAACAUAAUAAUGCUUGGGAGGGCAAUGAGGAAACUCAAAAUGAUCCUGACGAGAAGAGAGUUCUUCAUCAGGCGUUGGAUUCUUUCUAGUAAGGAUACUUUUAUUUGAUGACGGCAUCUUUGAGGCCGAUAAGAGGAGGAAAUCGGCUAGAACCGUAGCACCACCGGUUUCAUGGGACUAUCAAGCGAGUUCUCUCUGUGUCAUGUUAGGGGGGGACCUGUACGUGUUCACCGAACACAGGAGCCGAGGGGAUAUAACAUAUGCAUGCUCAUUGAUCCACUACCAAAAGACCGCUCACUACAACACGACUCAUCUACGAAGGCAAGCCUUCUACGCCUUACCUCGAGCCCACUGGGAACUUCUCGCAUCGCCACCAAUCAACUACCUAGACACAUUAAUAGCUGUCGAUGAUGCCAUAGAUCAAAAUGCCGAACUCUCAGAAGCGAUCUUAUCAGCGGCCCUCCCCUCCUUCAACCUUCCCUAUCCCUCUUCAAACUUCAACCCGUCCACCAAAUCUCCCGAUGAUUUCCGAGGUACAGCAACCACAGGGGAUCUCGAAAAAGCCCGAAGUACCCUCCGGCAAAUGUAUCGAGACUGGUCCGCUGAAGGAGCCGUCGAACGCGAAGCAUCCUACCGCCCUGUAAUCCGCGCCCUCCAAGACGAAAAAGCUAGAUCCUCUCCCCUUAAACGCAACAUGCGCGUCCUGGUUCCAGGCGCAGGUCUUGGCCGUCUAGUAUUUGAUCUUUGUAUGCAAGGCUUCGACGUCGAAGGCAACGAAAUUAGUUAUCAUCAACUCCUUUCCAGUGCCUACAUUCUCAAUUUCUGUCCCCAAAAGGAAAAUCACACAAUUUUCCCUUGGAUUCAUUCCUUUUCCAAUCACAAAACUCGAAGCAAUCAUCUUCGAUCCGUCAAAAUCCCAGAUGUCCACCCGGGAAAUGCGUUGAAUUCCAACCCACAAGCUGGAGAAAUGACCAUGAGUGCCUCCGAUUUCCUCCUCUUAUAUGGCGACGAAGAACGUGCUGAAUCCUUCGACGCAGUAGCCGCUGUCUUCUUCCUUGACACAGCUCCUAAUAUCAUCCGCUAUCUCGAAGCUAUCCGCAACUGCCUCAAACCUGGCGGCAUACUCAUAAACAUGGGGCCACUCCUCUGGCAUUUCGAAAACAACCCUCCUGGUUCCUCCAACCCUUCAUCAUCAAAACAACCUAGCGAUCAGGUACAAGAUCACGGUAUCGCCGAUCCUGGAAGCAUCGAACUUACAAACUCAGAAGUACUGCUUCUGCUUCCCAAAUUGGGAUUCGAGGUCCUCACUUCCUCGACUGACCUGAGAGCGCCCUAUAUUCAAGACCCAGAUUCCAUGCUACAAAAUACAUAUUCCGCUAGUUUUUGGGUGGCGAGAAAGAUUGAGGAGGGAGGAAAUGCAAAUUAUGGACAUGCACAACCACGUGAGAAUGGUACGCAAGAAGGAAACCAUGAUCAUGGCAUCCCACCCAUAAUCCAGGAAGAGGAUGAGGAAGGGACAGAACAAGCACCGGGAGGUUGGGUAUAGAUUUUUUUUCUACUUGCGUUGUAGGAUAAAGAUACGAAUAGAUAUUCGAGAGUUAAGAAAGAGAUCGGUAGGUAGAUAGAUAACCUUUUAUACAUCAAAUACAACAUAAGUAUACAAAAUUGACAGUAUCAAACCCCAAUAUCUAAUCCAGGGGGCUUGUAUCCCGCCUGCGGUUUUGUUACCCAACUUUCCUUGGAAUACAGAACUCCCAACACAUAUACAUCUACAUGAUCUCCAUAUAUUUUGAAUUCAAAAAGUAAUAGCCAAUAUCA